AAGAGGGUAACAUUUGGGAAGUCUUGGAAGCCUCGAGGUCUUCUCAAAAUAGGAACGCGAAAGAUCGAAUGUUGAGGUUCCGAAAUUUCUUCUGCCGAUCGAAGCUCGCCGCCACCCUUAUCUGGAUCUCCGUUUCCGUCCUUGUCUACCUCGCGUUUCGAAUCUCCCUGGAGAGCUCCGAUCCCUCCCGGGCGCUCGUCACAUCCUCCGAUUCCGAGUCUAGGAUGUCGAUCUUGGAGCGGCGGAAGAUUUUGUAUGAUAAGAUGGCUAAGGACUUGGAUGAGCACGGCGCAGCAUUCUUGAAGCACGGAGAGACUUCACAGUCACUGUCGAUUUCAGAUCUAUUCGAGCAGAAAAAUGAUUCUGUUACUCCGGUGCUGAAGAUGGCGGACCCUCCUGUUCGGGCAACGGUGCUUCACUUGAACAGUGAACACUCAAUACCAAUUUCGGAAGCAGUUAGAGAGAUAUUUCUUCCCUAUUUUAACGGAGUUAUCUGGUUUCAAAAUGUGAGCAUAUACCACUCGAGCAUGUUUCACGCAUCCCAUCAUAUCACACCUGUAACUGCAACCGAUGAUGAGAUUGAAGAUGAGGCAAACACUGUAAGAGGUGUUGCAGAAGUUCUGUGCCCUCUGAAAAUUGUCUUGGAUAGAGUCGUGUUGACAUCGACAGGUGUGCUACUGGGAUGCUGGCAGGUGACCUCUGGUACUGAUCCCGCUGUUAUUCGGGCUAAACUGAGAGACGCCCUUCCACGUGCACCUAAAAAGCAACUGUAUGAUUCUGUUCUACUUCAUACUUCAUUUGCAAGACUUCUUGGACGUCCUAAAAUCUUAUUGGAGAAGCUGGAAACACCUUCUAAUCAACUCCAGUUGUUUCAUGAGCUUGUUUCGCAGCUUAACAAGAAGCUUCAAGGUUUUGAGGCGACCAUGUCUGAGCUCUGGUUUGUGGAAGAAUAUGAUGUGCUGGCACUGGCAUUGAAUGGAAGAAUGAAGACAAGGAGAUUUCCUCUUAGUUGCACAGGAAAUUAAGCCUAUUGAAGGAGGUAACAUGAAUUUCAUAUAUGUGAUGAUAUUGAGCUAUGAUGAUCUUCUAGAUAUACUGUUUGUUGAAGAACAUGGAUGAAACAACAUGCUGCCAAUGUAGAAGGGAAAACCAAGACCAGGUGAUGAGUGUAUAAUAUUCACUGGAGUUAUAGUGUAUCAAUAGUAACAAUUUGACUCAACUUUUGGCUAGUAGAAUCUCGAAUCAAUAAUUUGGCUGGUAGAUUUUGACUCUACUCAGAGUAACACAACAAAUAUCCACAUGAUUUUAUACAACAGAUCACGAAAUCAAGAGCGAGCAAGACUUUUACCAAGGAUAUCAACAAGUUAAUUGGAAGGAAGUAGACAAAGCAAGAGAAGACCUUGGAUAUAGUGAUGAAUAAGAUGGCAAUUGAUCUUAAUUUGUUGAGUUUGCUUGUUAUAUAUGGGUGGUGAUUUUGUUCAUCAUUAUAUCUAGUGGGGAACUCUCUAGUUUUUGUCUGCAUUUUCUACUGAUGAAUUUGCUGAUAUCCCUCUUCCUUAAUCUGUUAUGUCGACUCAAAUUGAUAUCUGCUAUUCUAUCUUCAGUUAACGGGAUGAUAAUGAUUAAUAUUGUGCAAAUUGUUGGAAAUAAUAUUUUGUUCUGUAGGAUUAUAUGAUAAUGCAUUGUAUUCAGACACUGUAUAUAACUCUAUAUGUCUUAAGACUUCUUGAAUUACUACCUUGGCUAAAAUUACUCACAUAUUUUAUUUCCAUUCCCAAAAAUGCUGGAGACGGUAAAAGUCAGUCUAUUGAAUGAUGAAUACACAUGGAAUGGAGGGAAGUGAUGAAGAUCUUUUGCGAUGACCCAAGCCAAGUCAAGCAGUGGGUAAGCAAGUCUAUUGCAUUAUCGUUGGGCCAUUCCUUUGGUCUAACUUUACAUGUUUGGCCACAUAUAUUAACAGUACAUCUAACACUUUCCCUGUAACUCCUUUUUCUUUUAUAUUGAACAACGUACUAUCCUGCUUUA